GGGGGCGGAACCGGAACCGGCGGUAGCUUGGGGGCGGGACCUCGCGGACUGCUGUGGCGGCAGCUGGAGCGGCGACCGCGGUGGCAGAACCGGGGGCGGCCGCUGCAGCCUGGAGUCCCAUGGUGCGGGGCCGCGGCCAGGCCACAGGAAGAGCUCGAGGCCCGGGCCGCAGCGGCUGAGUGUGCGGGCCCGCGCGGCUUGGAGCCGCCGCCGCCCGUCGAGCCCCUCCGGGCGCGGGUCGGCCCGCCAUGGGGUCCCUGUUCCGGAGCGAGACCAUGUGCCUGGCGCAGCUCUUCCUGCAGUCGGGCACGGCCUACGAGUGCCUCAGCGCCCUGGGCGAGAAGGGCCUGGUCCAGUUCCGAGACCUCAACCAGAACGUAAGUUCUUUCCAAAGAAAAUUCGUUGGUGAGGUGAAGAGGUGUGAAGAGCUAGAGCGAAUAUUGGUGUAUUUGGUACAGGAAAUUAAUAGAGCUGAUAUUCCCCUUCCUGAAGGAGAGGCCAGCCCUCCUGCGCCACCCCUAAAACAGGUUCUAGAAAUGCAGGAGCAGUUGCAGAAGCUCGAGGUUGAACUGAGAGAAGUCACUAAGAACAAGGAGAAACUGAGGAAAAACUUGCUGGAACUGAUAGAGUAUACUCACAUGCUGAGAGUGACAAAGACCUUUGUGAAACGCAAUGUUGAGUUUGAACCCACUUAUGAAGAAUUCCCUUCCUUAGAGAGCGAUUCUCUGUUGGAUUACAGCUGUAUGCAGAGGCUGGGAGCAAAACUGGGAUUUGUGUCUGGCCUAAUUAACCAAGGAAAAGUGGAAGCAUUUGAAAAAAUGUUGUGGAGAGUCUGCAAAGGGUACACCAUUAUGUCCUAUGCAGAACUGGAUGAAUCUCUCGAAGACCCUGAAACAGGGGAAGUCAUAAAAUGGUAUGUCUUUUUAAUAUCCUUUUGGGGAGAGCAGAUUGGCCACAAGGUUAAGAAGAUAUGUGAUUGCUACCACUGCCACGUGUACCCCUAUCCAAACACAGCCGAGGAGCGGAGGGAGAUCCAGGAGGGGCUGAACACUCGCAUCCAAGAUCUCUACACUGUACUGCACAAAACCGAGGACUAUUUGAGGCAAGUGCUAUGUAAAGCCGCCGAGUCUGUCUACAGCCGUGUGAUCCAGGUGAAGAAAAUGAAGGCCAUCUAUCACAUGCUGAACAUGUGCAGCUUUGACGUGACCAACAAAUGCCUCAUUGCUGAGGUCUGGUGUCCUGAGGUGGAUCUGCAGGACCUGCGCCGGGCACUGGAGGAGGGCUCGAGAGAGAGUGGUGCUACAAUCCCCUCAUUCAUGAAUAUAAUCCCCACAAAAGAAACACCCCCCACUCGGAUCCGCACCAACAAAUUCACCGAGGGAUUUCAGAACAUCGUGGAUGCUUAUGGAGUCGGAAGCUACAGAGAAGUCAAUCCAGCUCUCUUUACCAUCAUCACCUUCCCGUUUUUAUUUGCUGUGAUGUUUGGAGACUUCGGACAUGGCUUUGUGAUGUUUUUAUUUGCCCUCUUGUUGGUGUUAAAUGAAAAUCAUCCCAGACUAAAUCAGUCACAAGAGAUCAUGAGGAUGUUUUUUAAUGGCCGGUACAUCCUCCUGCUGAUGGGGCUGUUCUCAGUGUACACUGGCCUCAUCUACAAUGACUGCUUUUCAAAGUCAGUCAACCUGUUUGGCUCCAGAUGGAACGUGUCGGCCAUGUACAGCUCCAGCCACCCGCCCGCAGAGCAUAAGAAGAUGGUGCUUUGGAACGACAGCGUCGUCAGGCACAACAGCAUUUUGCAGCUGGAUCCAAGCAUUCCUGGAGUGUUUCGAGGCCCUUAUCCCCUUGGCAUUGAUCCUAUUUGGAACUUGGCCACAAAUCGCCUCACUUUUCUAAACUCUUUCAAAAUGAAAAUGUCCGUGAUUUUAGGAGUCAUUCACAUGACUUUUGGAGUCAUUCUGGGAAUAUUUAACCACUUGCACUUCAGGAAGAAGUUCAACAUUUUCCUGGUUUCCAUCCCAGAACUUCUCUUCAUGCUCUGUAUCUUUGGAUACCUUAUAUUUAUGAUUUUCUACAAGUGGCUGGUUUUUUCAGCAGAAACCUCCAGAGUUGCUCCCAGCAUUCUGAUUGAAUUUAUUAACAUGUUUUUAUUCCCAGCCAGUAAAACAAGUGGCCUUUACACAGGGCAGGAGUAUGUCCAGAGAGUUCUGCUGGUUGUCACAGCAUUGUCUGUCCCCGUCCUUUUCUUGGGAAAGCCACUGUUUUUGUUGUGGCUUCACAAUGGGCGUAGUUGCUUCGGAGUGAACCGGAGUGGUUACACACUUAUAAGGAAAGAUAGUGAGGAAGAAGUUUCAUUGCUGGGAAGCCAAGAUGUAGAAGAGGGAAAUCGCCAAGUGGAAGAUGGAUGUAGAGAAAUGGCGUGUGAAGAGUUUAAUUUUGGAGAAAUACUAAUGACCCAAGUAAUCCAUUCCAUCGAGUACUGUCUGGGAUGCAUCUCCAACACUGCCUCCUACCUGAGGCUCUGGGCGCUCAGCCUGGCUCACGCACAGUUGUCUGAUGUCCUGUGGGCCAUGCUGAUGCGCGUGGGCCUCCGCGUCGACACCACCUAUGGCGUCUUGGUACUGCUCCCGGUUAUCGCGUUCUUUGCAGUUUUGACCAUUUUCAUCCUGCUGAUCAUGGAAGGGCUUUCUGCGUUUCUUCACGCCAUACGCCUCCACUGGGUAGAAUUUCAGAACAAGUUCUACGUUGGUGCAGGCACCAAAUUUGUUCCUUUCUCAUUCAGUCUACUUUCAUCAAAGUUCAAUAACGACGACAGCGUGGCAUGAUCAUAUUGCUGUAACCAACAAGCUUUCAGAUAUGGAGAAUGACCAUGUUAUAGAAUUUCACUUAUGUCAGAUUUAUGAUAGGAAAAAUUCCAUCUUCAUUACUGCCUUAUGACAUAGCCAAAUAAUUCUGUAAGAUAUACCUCUUCCUCAUAUGUUAAAUAUUUUGUAAAGUUUACCAAUUUGAGGUGUAAAAAUUUCUUUUGGUUUUUUAUGAUGAGCAAAUAUAAGUUAAUGCCAAACGUUAUGUUAAAGUUAUUUUUUCAAAUACAGGAUUGGGGGAGAGAAGCCAAUUUUGCAUGGCUAAUUGAAAAUGGUGUUAGAUACUUGAUUCCUUUAAACUUUAUUUAAAAAAAACAACAGAGUUAAUCUGUCACCUGAAGUUACCAGAUAAUAUUUUCCAACAGCUGAAGUAGGGAUAGUUUUUUAAAAAAUUUAAUGAUGAGUAAUGAAAACAUUCACAUUUAUUCUGCUGGAUGUAAAAAUAUGCAAUUUUUUUUUUUUUUUUUUUUUUUUGAGAUGAAGUCUCGCUCUGUCACACAGGCUGGAGUGCAAUGGCACGAUCUUGUCUCAUUGCAACUUCCGCCUCCUGGGUUCAAGUGAUUCUCCUGUCUCAGCCUCCCGAAUAACUGGGAUUGCAGGCAUGCGCCACCAUGACCAGCUAAUUUUUUUGUAUUUUUGUAGAGAUGGGGUUUCACCAUGUUGGCCAGGCUGGUCUCGAACUUCUGACCUCAAGUGAUCCACCCGCCUCGGCCUCCCUAAGUGCUGGGAUUACAGGCGUGAGCCACCGUGCCCGGCCAAAAUAUGCAAACAUUUUUUAUCCUGUGCUACCUAGAAUUACAAGUAGAGGAUUGUUUUUACAAUUUUGUCUUGUUUUAGUAAUUGGGGACAAUGGGAUAAAAUGACAUACAACAAAUGGUUAUCCCACUUGUAUAUUUUUUUAAGGACUCUUAUCCUGUUAUCCUUACAUAAAACCAGUUACGAUAAUUGUAUGUUUGGAAAGAUAAAUUGUAUACUGAGCCUUAAAACCCAGUGUGACUGUAGAAAAUGUAAUGUGGACAUGAUUUGAAUUUAGUGACAGCUUGGCUGAUGUCACUGAACCAGAAGGGUUUAUACUGAGUGAAGGAAAGGUAAAAAGUAGUAUUUUGUAUAUUUUUAUAACAAAAUAUAAAUGAAGAUAUUUUACCAUGAAGAGAUUGCACUUAUCCUUGAGAACAAUCUAAUGAUAAUUUUUUUACUUUCAGACUGUUUCUAGCUAAAGUUCUGAUAAAAGUAUUUAGAGUUAAUUUAAACCUUCAAACACUGUUUAGAUCAGUUGAAAACUAAUUCUUAAUAGCCAUUAUUUUAUAAUCUUUAGUUUAAAUUCAUCUGUUUACUUGACAUUUAGUUUUUUGUGAACUUGAGUCAGUCCUAUUGAACAUUUUGAUCUGUAUUCUUGCAAAUUAGGUUAAUUUUUCAUAUUUUAGUUUGAUUUUAGAUAAUUAUUUUCAAAAAGAAACCUGACAUUUUUUCACCUUCUUGACAUUGUGAGUGAUACACAUUAAAAGCCUAUUUGCCCCCAUCCUCCUCUAUCCUGUUUCGAGGUAGAGAGCUUGGCACUUCUGUUACAAGCUGAGAGUCUGGAGGUGCUGAGUUUAACGUGGCUGUGCAGCUGAUUUCAAGGCAUGAGGUUGACAUAGCCGUGACCUAAAAUUAAACCCUUUUGAUUACAGUACAGAUUCUGUGUGCUACUUGAUGAGAUGUUACCCAAGGCCAGUUUGGACUUACUGCUUUUUGUCCCUCAUAUUAAAUUAUCAAAUGAUGCCGAUGAAAUGCUAGAAAAUGAUUCUGCUCUCAAAGUUAUGCUUCCCUAGAAAGGUGUCAUGUCGGGCACUUGUGUUGGGUGACUAUGACAUCCCAGCAGUGCUGGUCAGGUCUCAGAGUUGCUUUCACCUAGAACUGAUGCUUCCACAAGGGAACAUUUGUGUUACUUUGCUCCAGGGAUCUGUCAUAAAAACAAUAGUAACUACUUCAUCCCUAGGAAGCCCAAGACUUCAGGGCACUGUUAGCUGAUUGGUAAAUAAGGGACACAACAUUCGAGGGAAUUGUUUACUGCUCCCCACUAGUAAUUCCCAUGGGGGGCCACUUUUUUAACUCUUUCUAAUUAACACCUCUUCUCAGGCUAUAGAGUAGAGGAUGCAGUCAUUUCUCUGUUGAAAUCUAUGUAGUAUUUAUGUAGAAUGUCAUUAUAUGAAAAGCGAAUUCAGAAUCCUAACUUCGGGAAAGCGCUCUCUGGAAAUGUAGUUUGAUAAUAGUGUCUUAUAGGUGCCAGGGGAAUUUGUUUCUCUAUAAAGCAAUGGGUUCCAGUGUCAUGUUACCAGAGUUGUCGCUCAGUUUUGCUUGUUUUUAAGCCUUUUGCUAGAACCUAUUAUGUAUCCAGUUUCUAAAACAUACUUCAUUCCCUUGAUAGCAGAGAUCCAGAGCACAGAUGGCAAGUUGUGUGGAUGAUACUGAAUAUCUGUUUAUUUUCCUAAAGAUAAAUGUCACGACAUGACAUUUUUCAGUUUUUAUUUAGAUGUUUAUUACCAUGUGUUAACAGAAUCUUAAAACCCAAGGGAUUUCUUCAGUAAACUAGACUUUGAUUCAACCUG